GUGAGGUUUUAUUAUGAAAGUCCUAACAGGAAGUCUCCUCAUAUUGUUCUGGCUGACUUGAGCCUGGAGGCGCAACUUUGAUUUCAUUCAAAGGAAGGAGGAGCUGCAGGAUCAUGAGGAAUAUUUUCCAGCAAACCACCUGACUCUGCAGACACAAGGAUGUCUUGGCCUGUUCUGUACGCUCAGUUAGUCGGGGCAAACCGUCACUCCACCAGCCUGGGUAAAGUCUGGCUCUCCGUGCUCUUUAUUUUCCGGGUCAUGGUUCUGGUUGUUGCUGCGGAGAGCGUCUGGGGGGACGAGCAGUCGGACUUCACCUGCAACACACUACAGCCCGGCUGUGAAAACGUCUGCUAUGAUCAGUUCUUCCCUGUCUCCCACAUCCGUCUAUGGUGUCUUCAGCUUGUCUUUGUCUCCACACCAACGCUCCUGGUCGCGAUGUAUGUGUCCUAUCGGAACCACAGCGAUAAGAAGAGACUCCUACAGAGUUCUGGUAGAGCUGGUCUCCUCAGCAACAAAGGGCAGGAGGAAGAUUUGGAGACUUUAAAGAAACGGAGACUCCCAGUAGCUGGCGCCCUCUGGUGGACGUACGCCUGCAGUCUGGUGUUCAGGCUGCUGUUUGAAGGCGGCUUCAUGUAUGCCCUAUACGUGGUAUACGAUGGUUUCCAGAUGCCACGGCUGGUGCAGUGUGACCAGUGGCCGUGUCCUAACCUGGUGGACUGCUUCAUCUCGCGCCCCACCGAGAAAACCAUCUUCACUGUUUUCAUGGCCACUGCCUCCUCUAUCUGCAUGGUCCUUAACAUGGCUGAACUGUCAUAUCUGGUUGCCAAGGCUGUCACUAGGUAGAGGCAUUAAUCAGUCAGGAGUCUCUGUGGCCAGAAGGAGAGGAAAACAUGCAGAAAAUCGAGCAGAGUGAAGACGCAGAAUAAGACGAACCAGAAGUUACUCGUCUCAGCCUGAGGAAGCAGCAACAAGGUGGACGGUACAUGCAGAAGAAAGACUGUCCAAAGACUUUACAGCUGAAUACUUGCAAGUGUUACUCAUGUGAAUGACCCAAAACAUGUGUAAAUACAACUCAAAAGUGUAUAUUUUCUAUGAUACCUAAGGUGUUAAAGUGUAACAUUCAAGUGGUGGAGAGGAUAGAAGUCAAACCUGUAUUUUUACAUGAUACUGUCUGAGAUUCUACGUCAAUACUUAGAUUUGUUGAAUAUAAAUGCACUCACCAUUUCCUACUUUAUGUAGCACAAAUAAAGUUUUACCUUUUAUGUUGGUUACUAAUUGCAUGAUGAUAAUAAUAAUAAUAAUGACUAUCUCUGGGAUUACUUUGUUGCAAAUAACUUGCAUCCCACAGGAAAUAGAUUCAUACCAUCGGAAGCAUACAAUGCAUUAAACCAAGUGAUUCAUGAAGUCAUGAAACAGUUUUGACAAAAGAAAAGAGUGAACAGAACAACAUGUAUUCUCAUUUACAACAGAUGCAUCAAGUGAUCUUCUAUAUUGACCUCUGUUGACCUCUGCUGGUGGC